CAACCCAGCAUUCAGAGCCAUAGUUGAACAAUUGAUCAGAGAGGGUUUGCAGGACUUGUCCGUAUCGAGAGGAAGCGAUCGGCUGCAAUGGGGAAUUCCCGUGCCUGGUGACGACUCACAAACGAUCUACGUUUGGGUGGAUGCAUUAUUAAACUACCUGACCGUAGCCGGAUACCCACCCACACAGACAAGAUGGCCACCAGACUGCCAGGUUAUCGGCAAGGACAUCUUGAAGUUCCACGCCAUCUACUGGCCGGCGUUGUUACUUGCUCUUGGUUUGGAACUUCCCCGGCGCAUACUCUGCCACUCACACUGGCUGUACGAUCAUCAAAAGAUGUCAAAAAGUAGAGGGAAUGUCGUCGACCCACACGCAGCAUUAGAAACAUACACCAUAGAUGGGUUUCGCUACUUCCUGCUACGUGAAGGUGUUCCGCAUUCCGAUGGUAACUAUAGCGAUGAAAAAGUGGUGAAGAUGUUAAAUGCAGAGCUGGGCGACACGUUGGGGAACCUGCUCAGUAGAUGUACAGCUCCUGCUCUCAAUCCUGCUCAGAUCUUCCCACCUAUCAACGCUGAAAUACUCAUGAUUGAAGAAUGUGGCCAGCAGGGCAGGGACCUACUGGAUAAGGUGUCAAAUCUGGCAGUGGAAGUGGCCGAACACUACGAUGAAUGCAACUUCUACCGCGGCCUCGAUGCGAUCAUGUCAUGUCUACGGGACACCAACGCCUUCAUCCAAAGUCAGGCGCCAUGGACGCUGAAAAAACGUCCGGAGAAGCAGCGCCACCUACAGACUGUACUUCACAUCGCGCUAGAGAGCCUGCGAGUCAGCGGACUAUUGCUGCAGCCUGUGAUGCCCUCCUUAUCUGAUUCACUGCUCACUCGACUCGGGGUGACACCUAGCGAGAGGACGGCAAAGUAUUUAAAUUGUCAUUGGGGUGAUAAGGGAUGCAACUCGCCCUAUGAGAAUCGGCCACUAGGUGGCGACAAGAGCGUUUUGUUUCAGAAGAUUGUGACUAAGUGAUUGGCAGUAUUCUCAGAGAAAUGGGAUUUUAACUACUACUGUGCUAGGCUGCAUGUGAACUUAUGUGAUAUGUGUGUGUUCCACAGACAUGGAGGCACACAACAUCAACUCACCUUGAGUUGGUUUGUUCGCAAUGUACUUGUAAUAAUUGUACAAUGUAGUGUAUAAUAUGUAAAAUGUAAUAGUUUUAUUGAACAAAAAUGUUGAUUUGAUGGAACCGAAUAUACUCCAUAUAUUGUUACAUUGUU